AUGUUCAACACCCAUAAAACUGAUCAAAAUGCUUCAUCUACAAUCGCGGCCGAUGAGCCAACACACGCUGGAUCUUUUCCAGUCAAGCGGGCCGAAACUCUCCCAUCAUCGUCUAUGCCGACAUCAUCAUCUUGGGAUCCCGACUCUCCGGUGCCGACAACGUCCAAAAUAAAACCCUCUAGAGCAGCUACAAUGCGAGAGCACACCGGCGCCAGUAUUAAAUCGAAGACAGACACGAGCAAGGCAAAACCCAAACGAGCCAAUACAACAACAUCAUCAGGAGGAGGAAGCAGUGGCAAACGACCAGCACCUCUUGCUCGUGUCCCGUCAACACCGACACGGUACAUGGAAAUGCUUCUCCACCUCGACGAGAUUCCGCGACUGUACAACAUCCUCUCCAGCCUGGGGACAUGGAUCAUCCUGGCCGGGUUCCUUGUUGUGCCGGGCACAUUCACCACGUUCAAGGAGUCCAAGGCCUUUCAGGAAGCCGACGGCGACGACAGCAACGAAGUGGCUCACGCCAUUGUUCACUCGAUUGCGAACAUUGGCCUCUUGUGGCUGUCCGGCUCGUUCUGCGUGGCAGGUACGGUCUUGUGUCUGUGGCUUUGGUGGGUGUGGCGGUAUAAUUAUGUUUGGUUGGUGAACAAGAUCUUCAUGCCGAUAACAUUAAACUCGGUCGCCGGUCUCAUCACGACCCUCGUCAACGUGUACACGGCCCAGCAAGGCGUGUGGAGCGUGACGGCGAAGAUCACCGCCAUCGUCACGGGUUCGUGCGUCGGCGUCGGCGGCGGCUUGUUCUCGGUGUACAACUUCUGCUUGCUCCGACGCGUGCAAAAGUCCCACGAGCGGGAACUGGGUUUGGACUCGGACCAGAGACACGCCGAUGAGACGCUGGUUGAAAAGGUCAAGAGAAAAGCGCACGAGCCGCCUUUGCAACCCGGGAGUUUUGUCUGA